AUAUUCCAAAAUAUGACAAGUUGGGCAUUUAAGAAAUUAAUGUGCUCGUGAACUAGAUAGUUUUCGGAUAAAAGCCAAUUCGGAUGUCAUUGAGUCUCAUUAGGUCAAAGGGAACUAACAGUUUUCCCAUAGACUUACAUUGGACACAAUAUGGCCAAUUUAAAAACUAUAACAGCUAGUCAACAUAGACAUUUGGAAACCAUCUGCAGUCAUGCCAACAGGGCAGUUGUCUUCAUUGAUACAAUAUCUGCUGAACUUCUCCACUGGCAAGGGGGUCUGCUUAAACUUAUCAAUGCUGGAGCAACUGAUGUUAAGGAGUUCUCUUCUUUUGAGAGUGGUUCAGAGGAUCAGAAAAAAGGUGUGUUCAUAGUCAGCAGCUUACUGGAAGGUGUGACAAGACAAAUUUUGCAAGAUAUAAUACAAGAGAGCAACUUCCAGUAUGUUGUGGUUAUAACAAGUGAGAGUGCUGCUGUACAUAUAUUCAGUAGAUCAGGUGUUGUUGAGGAAGACUCACACUUCUUUGAUCAAGUGGAAGAAAGACUUCUAGAAUGGAUGGGAAAUAUGAACUUCACUGCAGAGGUGUUUCAUAUUCCAUUCUGUUCUGUCAGUUUGGGUAACUCUGUAUUUCUGACACCAGGAUACACCAAGUUGUUUCCCUUGGUUGGCUCAGACCUUCACCAGAUUGAACUUCAAUACAACAGUAAGCAUGGAAAGUCAGAGAUGAAAGACUUUGGGAGUUUAAAAGAUGUUGAUUUUGCUUCAUUGCCAAAGGAUUUACAAAUGUUUUACAAGUGUUUUGUGUCAAGUGUCGAUUCGCUGUUAACAGACCUUGGUGUAAAAGAGGACAUUUAUUCUGUUGGAUAUACAAGUGCCAUUCUAGCAACAGAGCUAGAGGCUUACCCUCCCGCUAAAACUAGGAGAAAAGCUUUAACAGACAGAGCUUCAGUGGUGUUUAUAGAUCGUACACUAGAUUUAGGCUCAGUGACCUCACACAAUACAGAGUGUCUAUUGGACAGAAUACAGCAGGUGUUGCCAAGGUUACCAGGUCACAUGAUUGAUGUCAAGGUCAACAUGUCACCCUUGUGUAAAGUUCACAGAGAGUCAGGAGGGGACACUAUUUCACCAGGAUGCCUAGCAACCCAGUCUGGUUCUCAGUCUCAUUUACAGACACUGAUCACAGGAAAAAACAAGGAAGCAUUAAUGGAAGUGAACAGACAGUUAAUUGAGGCCGCCUCAGCAUGUGGUCUACCAAUUAGUCUGACAGGAAAACCCACACGCAUCUCUGCUGAGCAGCUGAACUCAACACUUACCCUGUUCAGAGGAAGGUAUAAGGAGAUAUCCAAACAUCUUGAUUGGUUACAAGUUUCUAUGGCAACUUAUCAGACUUUGAGUAAUCCCACAAUGCAUCACUGUGAUGACAUGAUCAGUGUUGAGAAAGGCUUGCUGCAGUCUCUGGCUGAUCCAGAUGGUCCAGGAGCUUUAUCACAAGCCUUACAGAUGCUACAGAGAAAAACUGAAGAUAAAUGGACAUACAGUGUAGAUGACAUGUUGUGUAUUCUGGUAUAUGUGUACUCACUGGGAGGUACAAGUUUACUAUCGCAGAUAGAUGAAGAAACAGCUUUACAGGAAAUGUUGUUAGACAGAAUUUUUGAAGAAAAGUCUGAACUGCCACCACUGAUCAGAUCUAUAGUGGGUGAAGUUAUCACAGACAGAUCUAUAGUCUCAGAUAUCUUGGAAGAUUUAUGGGAAAAACUAUCAGCCAUUGCUGUGUCAAGGGAGCACCUCAGCCAAUUUAAAAGUGUCAUUGACCCUGGCUCAGCUGUUAGUCCAGCUUCCCAGAAUUCCCUCCUGAAACAACUUGUAGCUGCCAUUUUGGAUCCAGACAAACAGGAACUGGUUGAUAUCGAAUUCAAAUCUUCAGGACUAAGAGAUAAAUUGAAAUCUGGCUUUGGAUUAUUUCGAGGUGUUUCUAAACCACGCCCUAGUGAUCAUCCUUUGAUGAUACUCUUCGUGAUUGGAGGUGUAAAUUGUACAGAGGUGAAACAAAUAAAAGACCUUGUAAAUCAAUACAAACCUGGUACCCAGGUUGUGGUGGGAAGUACAAGACUUUUGACACCGCAUGAAACUGUGAAGUCAUUGUUGUGUCAAAAUAACAUCAACCCUUUGGAAGUCACUUAAAGAAACGUUAGAAAGUGAAUUGACAAAAUAUUUAUGUUCAUUAUAUUAUGAUAAUAUAUAAUAAUAAAGGGUGACUCUCGUGCAA